UAAUUAAAUUAUAGAUUCUUUUUAAUGGAAUGGAAUUUUUUUUAUAGUCUAUGAAUGUCAGGUUACCUGUUUUAGAAUUUCUGGAUGAUUUGUAUCAUCUGAGACUAUUUGGCACUCUCAGUAUACAGAAGCAUCUUAUCUGUUUUAGGAUUUUGCAUCUUAUCUGUUUUAGGAUUUCUGGAUGACUUAUAUCAUAUGAGACUAUUUAGUACUCAGUAUAUAGAAGCAUCUAAUUAGAUUUCUAAUACAAGAUGUGCAUACCUUACCCUUCAAGAUUUGAACUGUGCUUUUUCCAAUAUAUUAGAUAUAUAUAGCUGUUUGAUAAAAGUGUGGUUCGAGCAGUAUAUUUGAAUUAUAUUGAGAUCAUAAGGCGCCUACAGAUUGUUGCAGUAAAUUAAACUGUAUUUAGAUUACGAGAUAUCUAUAUCUUAAACAGAAGGUUUAGGUUGCCAAACUUAAAUUCAAUAAUACUCGGUAGCACUUAUGCAUACGAAAUAUGAUUAUCCAAUUCAAUCAUUUCUGUAAAUGAUUAGUCCAGGGGCAUGAUUAUGCUUUAGAUUACAGUGAUCAUUCACUCUUUUCUGUUAGAAUUUUUAGCUCUUCUAUUGACAUAAUCUGCUACCCAUGAGAUCUUCCCCACUGGGGAUUGUGAUGGAAUUAGAGGACAUAAGGUUUGUAUGGUCCCUAGUGUUUGCUGUACUGGUAUGGGCACUUCUUAGAAGGAUAAGAAGCAAGCAUAGUCUGCCACCUGGACCAAUUCAAUGGCCUGUAGUGGGGUCCUUGUUCUCAGUGGGAUUCCGGUACAGGCAUAAAACCUUUGCUGAACUGGCCAACAAAUAUGGGCCCUUGAUGCAUCUCCGCCUAGGAGCCUCCAACAUUCUUGUUGUCUCCAGUCCCCAACUGGCCAUGGAAGUGCUCAAACACAGAGACUUGGAAUGGUCCUCCAGGCCUCCAUCAUCCGCUGGAAAAUACAUCGGAUUUGACUUCCAUUCCCUGGAUUUUGCGCCCAACGGCCCUCACUGGCGACAUCUCAGAAAAAUCUGUGUGACCCACUUGUUUAGUCCGGCUAGAAUAAAGAUGCAAGCAGAUAUCCGGAGAGAAGAAAUUUUGAAAAUGGUAGAUAAAAUUGCUACUGAUGGGUGUUCUGAGGGUUCUGUUGUUGAUAUGAGAAAGAUGUGUGAUUCUCUGGUGUUGGGUAUGGUGAAAAGAAUGUUGUUUGGUAACAAGUAUUCUAAUCCAGAGCAUCCCAUGGCCAAGGAGAUGGAGUUUUUUAUGGAGGAUGUGAAGGAAGCCAUGGUUCUCAUUGGUGCACUCAUUGUCAGCGACCUUGUUCCUGGCUUAGAUUGGCUUGAUUUGCAGGGCUACGAGCGCAGAAUCAGAAGGGUAAGCCAAAGACUAGAGAGGGUUUACAGGCUCAUCCUAGACGACCAUAGGAAAGAUCUGGAGAAGGAACAUGCCGAGGAAGCCAAGGAUUUUGUACACAUUUUACUAUCACUCGAAGGCGAAGAAAAGCUAACGGAAAAAUCUCUGAUGGGCUUAAUGACAGAUGUUUUCCUGUUCGGCAUAGACAUCACAGCGACCGGUAUCGAAUGGGCUAUGGCCGAGCUGAUCCAAAACCAGAGGGUUUUGAAAAAGCUCCAACUGGCAAUUGAUGGUGUCGUUGACGGCCGUUUAGUGGACGAAUCUGACGCCUGCCGAAUUUCUUAUUUAGAUUGCAUUGUUAAGGAAGCUCUCCGUCUUCAUCCACCGGUGCCGUUAACAGACCCACAUUAUAAUGAAGAAACAGUACAUUUAGGGGGCUACGACAUCCCAGAGAAGUUUGUUAUGUUUGUGAACAUUUGGGGGCUUGCACAUGACCCUAAAUUGUGGGAUGAGCCUUUUGAGUUUAGGCCUGAACGAUUUGAGGAAUGCCCAGACUCAAAUGUGUCUGGUAAUGACUUCAGAUUUAUACCAUUUUCUAGCGGGAGGAGAAAGUGCCCUGCAUCUAAUCUGGCAUAUUUGAAGAUUCAACAUGUUAUUGCUGUUCUGGUACAGGCAUUUGAAUGGUCUCUUCCGCAGGGGCAGCAACACAUAAAUAUGGAGGAAGGAUUUGGAGUUAUUUGUCCCAUGAAGGUCCCUCUGCUUGCAAUUGCUAAACCCCGCUUGGAUUUUCUAUGUGCUACUCCUAAGCCGUGAACUGGUCCAUUUCUUUCUCUUCAAAGUUUCACUAAAGCAAGUGAAGCACAUAGAAUUUAAGCUUCAUGUGUACAUAAAUCAUGUAAUUCUACUAGGCAUCCAUCGAUUUUUGCGAGUGUUCUGUUGUUCAGCCUGCAUCUCUCUUCACAUAAUGUCUUAUGUUGUACAAGAAUUUUGGUCUACAUUAAUCUUUGGUACACAGUUAAUGUAGAUUGCAAAUCUGAAGUUUGUAAAAAACACCAUAAAUUUGGUGGGACGUUGUUAUUAUGUGUAAUGUGAACAAGGAGUGAAGGAGCAUUCCACCAUUUAGUUUCCUCUUCA